AUGGACAGAGUACUUCCAGAUGAUAGAGAAUUUCAAUAUGCCGCUAAAAUGAACAAUUUGGAUACCAUGGAAAGCUAUUUAAAUAAUGUUGACAUAAAUGCUGUAGACACUCUGAAGUGCACAGCGCUGCAUUUUGCUGUUGUGGGAGGCCAUGUGUCCAUGGUGGAUUUUCUUCUUCAUCACAAAGCUAGACUUGACUUGGCAGAUCAGCACAGCCUGACAGUGAUUCAUCUUGCAGCCUGGACUGGAAAUCUGGAUAUAAUGCGAAAAUUAGUUAAAGCAGGUGCUCAUUAAAAGACUGAGGAAGGAAUGAACGUACUGCAUUUUGCAGCUCAGAGCAACAGCAUUAAAAUAGUUGAUUAUUUCCUCCAAGAUCUUAAUCUGAAUGAUUUGAACAAACCUGAUGGGAAAGGUAAAAAGCCAUUUCUUCUGGCCUCUGAAAAAGGCCAUGUUGACAUGAUAAAAAAUUAGAUUGCUCUGAAGCUAUUUACAUCUGAAAAAGAUGAGGAGGGAAACACAACAUUUCAUUUAGGAGUGAAAAAUGGUCACAGUGAAGUUGUGGAAAUUCUGCUUGAACAAUGGGAGGAAAUAAAUGACCUCAAUCAUAACAAUAGCAGUGCUUUGCAUGUUGCAAUUCAGAAUGGACAUUUAUCCUUGGUUACUUUUCUUAUUGACAAGAAUAUUGACCUGGUUCCUAAAGCUGAGGUGAGUAAUUCCCCUCUCCAUUUAGCAGUUCUCAAUAAUAAUCUACCAGUAGUAAAAAGUCUUUUGGAUGCCAAUCACAACAUAAACUGCUUAAACCAGAGGCAGGAAACGCCUCUGCAUCUGGCAGCUGAUCUUGGCAAUGUGGAGUUGGUGGAAGUCCUGCUGAAGUCAGGCUGCAAUCUCAAAGCCAUGGAUAAGCAUGGGAAAACUGCACUAGCCAUAGCAUCAAGGAGCCAUCAUGCCCUCAUUGUAGACAUGAUCAUUAAAGCAGAAAGGUAUUUUACCAGGAAACAGGUAAGAGUCAUCUUUCAUACACAUCUAGCUCAUAGUGGUAAUGGGUCAGACCUCAGCGUGUCCUUCAAACAAGAUCACAGCACACAGACCAAGCAAAUCCCUUCCUCCCUUUGGAGUCUAGCAUACAACCAGUUAAAACCCCGUGAAUGGAAAAAACUGGCUGUGUUCUGGAAAUUCACAGAUGAACAAAUUAAAACUAUUGAAUAACAGUGGACAGGGAAAAAAAGUUACAGGGAACAUGGGAAGAUAAUGUUGCUCAUCUGGUUCCAUGGUACACUGCUGGCUCAUCCCGUUAAACACCUGUAUGAAGGUCUGGUAGAAGCAGGACUUCAGCCUUUAGCUGAAAAGGGUAAAAACAUGAUAUGCACCUUAGGCCUUGCUGCAUCAAAUAUGAAAAGACUGGCAAAGAGGUACCUUGAUUAA